CUGCACCUCAAUUCGCAUUCUCUCAUUCCCUCUCUUUCUUUAUUUUACCCCUCUCCUCCCUCUGUUUCCCAAACCUCCACCAGUCCACCAUCAUUCCUUGUAGCCAAAGAAAAAAGAAAGAAACCCAUCCUGGUUCCUCGUCUGCCCUCACCCUCCUUUCCUAAUUCGUGUUCAUGUAAGGGCAAUUCGGUAACUUAGCUGUCAACAUAGAACCACAAAAUUAAAAUUAAAAUUAAAAAAAGAGAAAGAACCGAAAAAAAAAAAAAGAAACCCGGAGGCAUGAGUUGCAACGGUUGCCGAGUUCUCCGAAAGGGUUGCAGCGAGACAUGCAUGUUGCGCCCUUGCUUGCAGUGGAUCGAGACACCCGAGGCCCAAGGCCACGCCACCGUCUUCGUCGCCAAGUUCUUCGGCCGCGCCGGCCUCAUGUCUUUCAUUUCCAAUGUACCGGAGGCCCAAAGACCCGCUCUGUUUCAGUCACUGCUGUUUGAAGCAUGUGGAAGAACCGUGAAUCCGGUUAAUGGUGCUGUGGGGCUUUUGUGGACAGGGAACUGGCACGUGUGCCAGGCUGCAGUGGAGACGGUGCUCCGCGGAGGCACGUUGAGGCCCUCGCCGGAGUUUAUGGGGAUGGAAUCGGCGGGUCCGGUGGUGGCCACCGACGAAGCAUCGGAGGCAGAGGUCACGUGCGGUGACAUAUGGAAGAAGGUUCGAGAUCCAAACCCGAGUUGCAGGUUCACAAGCUCACGGUCUACACGUGUUGCUGCCGGCGCCGCCGGGAAGCGUAAGCGGCUGGAGGAGGUGACGAGGGUCCAGACGGCGGCUGAUCUUGAUCUUCGUCUGACGCCGAUCUUCCUUCAGAAGAUCGCCGAUUACCGGCGCCGUCCGGGAUCGCCGUCGAUGACGUCGGAGGAGUCCGUGACGACCACGGCGGAGAUUGGAGGAGAUCAGUGGGGUCACAGCGGUGAACGGAAAGUUCUCAACCUUUUCAUUUGAGAACUCUCUCUCCCUCCCUCUCUUAUAAAUGAUUCAUGUUUUUAUGAAUCAAAUUAAAGGAGCAGAGGUCUCUUUUGUGGUUUACUUUUCUUUUGUUUUCUCUCUGUGUUUUGUUUUGGGGAAGAGGGUUUUUGCUGGGUUUGAGAACUCAGCGAGAUUUUGCGAGAUACCGGCACAGGAUUUCUCUCUCUACGGAAAAGAGAAAGAUGAUGGU